UUGUAAGGAAUAAUCGAGAAGAUCUCUCUUCUUCCCUGAGACGGCGAGAGGAACACGGAGGACGAUCGGAGUACGAAGCAAUGCUUGGGCUUUCUUACGGUGAGCUCUUACUCAUCCUCGGUGCCACAGCUGCUGUUGUAGGACCCAAAGAUCUUCCGAUUAUUGCUAGAGCAGGAGGAAGAUUAUUCGGACGAGCCAUUGGUUACAUCAAUAUGGCUCGUGGUCACUUGGAUGGUGUCAUGAAACAACCUCAGAUGCAAGAGAUAUCGAAAGAAGUUCAAGAUUUACGAGCACAAGUAGACGCGAUUAGCCAUGGAGCUAGGUUUUCUCUAUUUGAUUCUAGUCCUUUGACUCGAAGAGUAGACAACCAAACUCCAGAACCUAGUCCAAGCACCACCAAUGGGAAUGUUACAUCGGUUAAUGUUGAAGAAAGAAAGAAGCCUGUAGAUCAUUAUACAAAGGCGCAAGAAUUUAGUGGCUCGUCUUCGGCUUCUGUUAACCUGCACGCUCAAGCAACAUCAUUUGCACGAUUAUCUGAGACGGUCAGUGGAAAAACCAACACUCUAAGCAGUGAUUCACCUGUUCUUCCUGUUUCAGCUGAGAUGGCAAAGUUGCUUCCUCAACGCAAAGAGAGUGCAAAAGGAUCUGAUUUAAUGUUGGAGGCAGUUCUUGAAGCGGAAGUAGCACACAAGGCAAAAAGCUUUUUCGCACAAGCCGAAAAGGAAACUCCAGCUUUAAAAGGGAAGUUUUUCAGUGACGGGAAAGGAGAAAGUUGAAGGCAAGUUUUGGGGAUCUUCUCUUCGAUCACAAGACACCGGGGCUACGUAGCGUCAGAUGAGUGGGCCUUGUUAUUUAAGUGGGCUUUAUGUUAAAUGGGCUGAGCCGGACCUUGGCUUUUGCUGCGGCAACAAGUGAUCUUAACUUGGUCGAAAUCAGUGCACUCUUUGAUCUUGUAAUUAGUGCUGCGACAUCAUAGGUUUUAGGAAUAAAUAUUCUAAAAGUUGAGAGUGAAAUCCGAUGUUAUAAUUAUUUUUUUUUGUUACAAAAUCUCGACGAAUUAUUUGUAUUAUCUGUUCUUGCGUUUCGGUUUUGUUUGAGAGUGAAGGAGACUUGGUAGGAAAUGGAUUUACAUGAGUUGGUUGGCUUUAGAAGUUGAUAAAUAUAUUAAAUUUGUAGA